ACYCAUUGUUCCAUGCGUAGAGCACUGUAAAAUGUAAAAUUAAUUCUGGUAAAAAGCUGUUACUGUACGUCRUACGGUAAUUCGUACCCGUUUGCUUGGGUACAGUAGUACCGGUACAGAACGAAAAAAGUAGAAGUGAAAAAAAUAACCAACCAAUAAUAACAAAAAUACCUGCCGGUAUGAAUUGAUGCCAUUUUUUCUGAUCCCUUUUUUUGUUGACGCAUCGAGGAAAAGAAGUUAUUGCUCAGUUUUUUGGACUCAUUUCUCAAUUUAUCAGAGCACUGCGAGGACCAUAAUCAUGACAAUCAAAACUAAAAGAAGUCCGGAAGUUGCAUUUGAAACGGGAGAUAACAAGAGACAACGGACUCCUUCCAAAGACUACGAAGUUUCCAGACGCAUCGAUGUACAGAAUCUUCUGGAUGAWCUGAAGCACAGCGACCCUGUUCUUCAGAUUCCCUUGAAAAAUAACAACGCUAUACCCGAUAUUUCGCCAAGCUCAGAUGAUUUACUUCAAGAUUUGCUCUUUCCUUUAUCCCCCGAUGAUUUCAAAUCGUGUUGUUUUCGGAGGAAGGCAGUGCACAUAUCUUCCAAUCGGAAAGACAGAGUUUAUGAUAUUAGCACAAAUUACAUGUUUGGAUUGGAUUCCAAGCGUAUUUUUGAGGAAACUAGCUCCGAUCGCAUUUUUCUAUGGAUUCCAUCCAACGACAGAAAAGAGGUAUCGAGUUUGGACUCGCUUUCCAAUGGACAAAAGAGCCUCCAAAGCAUYGAUAUAGAAGAUCCAAACACCGCGCAUAUUUUGCAUACACACUCAAAUUACGCUUCGUAUUGCAGAGCCCCUCCUGAAUUAGAACAGCUUUUAGUGUCCAAAAUGUUACGAAAUGUUGGUUUGGGCUUAGGUCAAUACGAUCCAACUGGUGAGUUAGUUUCUUGCAAAUGAUACAUUUCUUUACUUUCAAUGCUUCUCUUUCGUAUUUUCUCAAAAAACUGUUCAUAAAUUGGAGUGCGGUAGGAAGCAAACUGACAACUCUUGGAAGAGGUGAGGUAGAAACUUUCAUCGGCACAAAAGACCAUUUGACAGGUUGGCAUACAGACUUCCAGGUGAGACGCUUCUUCGACAAUCGCUCACGAUGCUUUUGACGACAUCAGAAGAGUUAACUUACUGAAUGCACUUGUCGUACUGAAGGAAAAUUUUACAAUUCAGCUUUCUGGACGAAAGAAAUGGUCUUUGAAGCAAGGAACAGUCAAACAUCCCAUGCGAGGUACUACCCCUCACUAUAAAUCAYCAGCUGAUGUUAUUGAAAACCAAAUAAAAGCGGCCCGACUGUCGAACCCUGAUUAUCAGUUUGGAAAGCAGGAUUUGGACGGUAAUGGUUUUGGAACAGAAGUCGAUAUAAUUUUGGAUGCAGGUGACGUUUUAUAUUUUCCAGCUGGAAUGUGGCACAAGGUUGAAACACUAGAAGAGGGGGUAUCAAUAAACAUCAGCUUGAUGGGRACUACGUAUGCUUCGUUCUGUUGCAGGACUUUGGAGCAUCUUCUGCUUGAAAAAGAAGAAUGGAGAGAAGUCAUCUGUUCGGAUAAAGAGACAGGAUAUGAUGCAGUUGAGAAGUUGAAGGCGCUGAUUAAGGAUCUACCUGCUGUAGUCGAGAAAAUAGGCUCGAAUAGUAUAGCGGAGGGUAUGCUACCGCCAGCUUUGAGAACUCCUCCAGCUUUUGAAUUUUACAGCAAUGGAGAUGAAGGAGGAAAAGAAUGCGAGGAUGAAMACGACRAGGGUAUUGGCACCAAUGAGGCACUCGGGGAUCAAGAAGUGGCGGAAGAAGUAGAUGAGGAAGAUUUUUCGGAUGAUGGAGAUGAAGACAUAAUUGAUAUCAAUGAAUUCGAAAUGCCGGAGACUUUCAAAUCUAUUACUUUGUCUCGGGAAAAUUGUUGGAAAAGAAAUCCUUUGGCUUCGCUCAUAAAAAUGACAGAAAUCAAAUCAUUUUUUAAGAAAAGUGAGGAACAAAAUUAUGAAGACAACAAACACUUAUUUGUACUCAAUUCUAACUUUGCUGGAAAUGAAAUGCACGAAAGUGCAGUUAGGGUUGUGUUGAGAGAUCGGUCAGGUGAACUUGAUCGUCUCUGCUCUUUAAGAGGAAAAGAACUCGAGGACGCAAUUGAGAAUUUGAAAGCACCGCCCAGUGCACUUAUAUACUUCGGGUAUAUAAUUKUUUCGCAGCACACAUCAUAAAAUCGAUUCAGUCCAACAAAGGAUGUUCAAUAUGCCGUGCGCAAGUAAGUUUACGCCAUUUCCAUCAUUCAUACAUCCGAAGAACCAAUCGAAAGAGGGACUUGAUAUUCAUGCUCGAGAGCAUGUUUCAACAAUGAAAAUCUUUUUACUCCGGUCACAGAAUAUAAAUUGGAUGCUUUGYUGUUCUCGUUAGCGAUGUGCAGACAAACGAAAUUGUUAAGUGACGGAGAGACCUUAUCAUACGUCGACCGUCGUCGUGAGCCACGUUGUGUUCACGGGAGAGCCCCCGAUCACGCGUCUUUGAAUACCACGCAACGUCUGUCUAAGCGCAGUUGUUCCUAAGUGCUCUUAGCCGGAGUUUUUGUGGUCUUGUCUCUCCUUCUUCCAUUAUUGCUCUUGGACUGGUGCCACGGGAGAUUCUGGACCUUUUGUUACGGUGGUACCGUAUGUUCGGUCUUAUUGUAUGGAUCUAAGUGGUCAGUGAUUUGAGCUUUCUACCUGCAAGCGGAGGUAUGUGUUUGAUAUGACUAAUGUGAUUAGAUCUACGUGUAAAAUGUGUGAUGGUCUGGGGCUCACGGGUUAGCGUGUUGACAAUGUUGACCUAUUACUGUUUUGUGACAGGUUUGUCUCAAUCAUAUUUACGAACAUAAAAUUACUAUCAUAGUACUAUCACCAUGAUGGAUGAUGAGAAUUAUUUCUUCUAUCAAGGAUUGUUUGUAUGCUUGUGUUACCAACCUAUGUGAUGAUCAGCAUUUUGGUCCAGACACUCACAAAAGUCCUUCCCAAGUGGACAGCAGUGUUCUCAGUGUUGGUGCUAUUGGUUCUCUUGAAAGUGUUCUUUGUGAUGCCACCUAGUAGUACUCUGAUGUAUCCUCUGAUUCACAAGGAACUCCUUGACCAUGACAUUUCUGAUUUGUCUGAUCUGGAACAAGAUGAWCUGGACUUUCUUUGCCAGGACUUGAUCUGUAUCUCUCUGCUAUUUACAAUCAUGUCACAGGUGAAGAACUUACCAAUGCAAACAAUUAUUUGGAAGAUUGCAAAGCCCAGGGUAAAGUCAUUGC